UAUCAUUUCCAUUGCAAAAAAUAUCCUUAAACUCAAACAAAACAUGAGGACAAGAAGUAUCAACUCUUAUCUACUUCUCUGUUGCAUAAUACCCUUAUUUUCUCCAUUCUCACUAGCUUUAUCUUCAGGUUCUAUAUACAACAACUUCCUCCAAUGCCUAAACACUCAAACAACAUCAUCCACAAAUCUCGCCACCAUUCUUUACUCCAAGCAAACCACAAACUACAAUUCAGUUUUACUAGCUUACAUCCGAAACCUCAGAUUUACAGACCCAACAACACCAAAACCACAACUCAUCAUCACUCCUAUAAACCCUUCUCAAGUCUCAGCCACCAUCAUAUGCUCUCGAAAGCUCGGCCUCCAAGUCCGCAUUCGGAGUGGAGGCCAUGACUUCGAGGGACUAUCCUACGUCUCGGACACCCCCUUUCUCAUCCUCGACAUGAAAAACUUACGACGCAUCGAUGUCGACCCAAUAGCAGAAACCGCCUACGUCGAGGCGGGUUCAACUUUGGGAGAGCUCUAUUACAGGAUACAAGAAAAAAGCAACAUACUCGGGUUUCCUGCAGGAGUAUGCCCUACAGUAGGCGUAGGAGGCCAUGUUAGCGGUGGCGGAUACGGAAAUUUAAUAAGAAAACACGGGCUAACCAUCGAUCAUAUCGUGGAUGCCACGGUGGUUGACGUAAAGGGUCGGAUAUUGAACAGGAAAUCCAUGGGUGAAGACUUGUUUUGGGCCAUAAGAGGUGGUGGUGGAGCAAGUUUUGGUGUGGUAGUUUCUUUCACAUUCAAGCUUGUACGUGUACCUGAAAUAGUAACCGUUUUUAAUAUAAAGCGUUACUUAACUGAAAAUGCUACGGAUUUGGUUUACAAGUGGCAGUUUCUAAUGAAAGAUAUUGAUCAAAAUUUAUUUAUAAGAUUAUUACUGCAGCCUGUAACUGAUCCUCAAAAUAGAGGCAAAAAAACAGGUAGGGCUACUUUUAUAUGUCUCUUCUUAGGUGAUUCAAAAACUUUAGUGUCUCUACUCCAAAAAUCAUUUCCUGAAUUGGGUGUCAAGGAGGAGGAUUGUUUUGAGAUGAAUUGGGGGAAAUCAGUGUUAUAUUGGGCGAAUUUCGACAAUAAAACCUCGGUUGAUGUUUUAUUGAGUAGGAGUUAUGAAGCUGAUUAUUUGAAGAGAAAAUCUGAUUAUGUAAAAGAGCCAAUGUCAAAAGCAGGGUUGGAGCUUUUGUGGAAAAAAUUGGUCGAAUUGGAUAGAACAGGUUUAGUUUUUAACCCAUAUGGUGGAAGAAUGAAUGAAAUUGGAUCAAGUGAAACACCAUUUCCUCAUAGAAGAGGGAAUUUGUUUAAAAUUCAGUACUCAAUUGGUUGGAAAGUUGCAGGGAAAGUGGAGGAAGAUAAGAAUAUUGGGUUAUUAAGGGAGCUUUACAAGUUUAUGACACCAUAUGUGUCUAAAAAUCCAAGGGGUGCUUACUUUAAUUAUAGGGAUGUUGAUAUUGGGGUUAAUCAUAAUGGGACUUACAAAGAAGGGGAGGUUUAUGGGAGGAAGUAUUUUUUGGGGAACUUUGAUAGGUUAGUGAAAGUGAAAAGUGUGAUUGAUCCUAGUAAUUUCUUUAGAAAUGAGCAGAGUAUUCCAACUCUGAAAUCAUAGGGAGAACUAAUUACAGGAAAUGUACUUGAUUUCUUAUGUAUUGAUUUUGUUAUAAGUAGUAGUAUAAAGUUGUAAAAGAUUAUAAUAUAUAUGUUUCAAAUAAAGGAGCCUUUUUAUCGUUA